AUGGGCUUCACACAAAUUUCCACUCGCUCCUAUGUGAUUGGCGACCUAACUGCAGACUCUCGACCUCAAAUACUUCAAGAGCGUUUGAAACGCAAAUCAGACUUGGAGACACCGGAUGACUCCCUCCCUCCCAGUUUCAAGCGGCGUACCCGCGCCCGAUCCUAUGCGAUUUCUGACCUCGCAGCCCAGCCAAUAUCUGCAGUGUACUACCACAGCACAGACCGUGCCUCUUUGCAACUGCCUGUGGCAGACCUGAGGACAGUCACACAAGUCUGCCGCCUGUCAAGGGAUGUCGCUGCAUCCCUAUAUUUUCAUUCCAUGGGCCUCCACAUUGAGCAGAUGUGGCUGCGAGUCAAUGCCCAAGGCUGCCUAGCCCUUCCGUUGUAUGCUCACAUGACUUUCUUCUGCAUUCCUCGGGUUCUCCGAUGUGAUUUCCUUGGUAUCGGUGACCAUAACUUGACAGCCCUCAAGGUUUUCUUGGAGGCGUUGAGAGGUACCUUGAGCGGCAUCCAGUGGGCCACACUGCUAACAAAUGUCCACCUUCCGCUACUUCAUAUGUUCAGCAUCGACGUUGAGUGUCCCCCUGCUGCUCUAGGUGAUUUUCUGGCAUGGCAUCUGAAUAUUGGUCAAGUCUGGAUUAUGCCAGGACAUACUCCUUCCCUCAUUACCAAUGACUCCUCACAUCAGCGGCAUUUUGAGGAAGAUUCGACCCCGUUCAAUCCUAAUUACCUGUCUGUCAUUCUGGGCAUUACUCAACACUCUAUCGGCAUCCAGGAGUCACAGUUGAGCUUUUAUGGCACUGCUCAUUCUGCUGAGCACUUUGAGGUCCUGGAUAAUGAAUGCCGCAUGGUGCCUGCAAAGAAUCUAGCGAUUUCUACGCAUUGCAGAGAUGAUAUCUUUAAGAUAAAGCUAGAUUACGAUCUCAGAAUGAAAUUAUCAUUGAUGUUAAAACGAGCUUCAAUGUCUGGAAUCGAUUUGGACAAGCUCAGAAAACGAACCAAGAUGUAUCUCGACCUCAAUGCUGAAUCUAGCGAUGAGCACGAUGAUAUGCACGAUGAUCAGGAUGAUAUGGAAGACGAGUCGUUCCUAAUAUCUGAUCAUGAUGACGAUGAUCUCGUGUUACCGACACCAUUGCAGGACGAGGCAGCAUGGAACAUUUUUGAGGAGUAUCUCACCACUGACAUGACCUUCCCUCAAAUGGAGGCGAAGCUUACAUCGCACCUGGGCGAUUGCCUUAGAAAAUCUUCACACCGUCAAGGCUCAGCACAUGUCAUUGCUCGCAAGAGUUACGGUGCCCUCGACUAUCCGUACGACCGUUUGGGGGUAGAGUUUAGUGAUGACCCAAAGUCAUACGCUCAUUGGGAAUCUGUGUUGGAUGACAUCACAGAAGCCGACUCUCUCGACGAAAAACGCGAAAGCGCCGGGGUGGUGCCAACGUCUGCCCUCCCAACAUGGCUGAUCACUGUUCCCUCAAUUCCUGGCUGGUAUCGUCCCACCUGUGGGCAUUAUUGGUCCGACGUGGGAUAUGGACAUUCAUAUGAUCCCGAAUCCAAUACCAUCACACUCCUAGUUCCCUCAAGGUCGCUCCACGUCCCGAAGAGCGAUAUUAGGCAGGACCCUUGUAUGCCAUGCCUAUUCAACUCCCCCGGCGGCGAGAUCAUCUAUAAGGAUGGCGGACACACUUACAUCCAUGGUCUUCUGUCGUUGAAACUCACCAGGACCGCAGUUGUUGAGAUUGCCAUUCCCACCCCACAGGACAUCCUGAUUCACAAGGAGUCGGGCUGCAAUCCUGCAUUGGUGCAAUCCACUUGGCAUGCAUAUGCUGCACAGCACUGGAUGCAAGAUGACUUAGUACGAAUUACAGCGGGGGAGCUGCGUAAUUGCCUGGGGAAGAUUAUCUGUGUCGACAUGGCAACUCAUUCAGCAUCGAUUUACAUGGAGGAAUCGCUUCAUGUAGGAAAGGUCUCUUCGACACCGCUCAUGUUCCCCAUCGCCAAUCUGGAGAGGAAAUUCCAUGUGGGAGACAAUGUUCGUGUGCUCACAGAUAGCAUAGAGGCCUUGAACCUCAAAGAAAAAACUGGAAUUGUUGUUGAAGUCGGCAUUGAAGAUAACUCCGUUGUGUUCACUGUCAGAACUUAUUGCUUGGCAACGUACAUUAAUGAAUCCAGCAAUUUGAGCCCGGGUGACGCAUCAGUUUAUCAUCAUGACAAUCCUAUGAAAGGCGAUUAUGUCAUUGUAGUCGACGGAGUCUAUCAUCUUCAAUUCGGGGAGAUAACCGAGGUUGAUCUAGUGACGCAGUCACUCGCGUUCCUCUCGAGCGAGCUGGGGAUGCUGUUGGUUCCGAUAAGGGAAACAGCAUUUAAUCCCAAUCCAACAGCUCUUCGAUAUACUAAUGAGCGCGGAUAUGAUGUUGUAGCUGGAGAUACUGUUCGAGUCGUUAGAGGUGAACGACUCCACCUAUCAGGCACAGUACUGCACGUGAAUUUUGAAAAAAAAGACAUUAACCAUCCAAGUCACGCCUUACACAAAGUUCACUACAUCCAUCACUGGCGGUUCUUCAAUGUUCAAGAAGGGUUUUCCAUUGAGAACAUGUUGUCAGGAAUUCUCCUUAGCGGUGUUCGUUUGCCUCUGAAUCUGCACAUCAAUUUCAACAAUUUAGUUCGAGCAUCAUUUAUUCGAGCCCCACAUGUCGAGCCCCCUCGAACUCCCCGUCCCUCACAUCCCCCUGUUGUUUCGUGCUCUGAUCAGCCUGCUGAUCCUGUCAUCGGAUCAUCCUGGGAUGCACCCGCUGAGUCAGUCUUGCAUCACUUGAGCACCCCUCCAGACUGUUGGACCAUCGAUGAAGAGGACUUGACAGAACCUCGAACGAUUCCUCCCAGUGGGGGUUUAUCAACAAGUCCUGGUAUGAUCACAGCAGCCAGCCUUGCCGCAGCCUUACACGAUCCCCGCAUCGUUAAGUUGUUCUUUGAUUGGCAUAUGAAGUUCAGGAUAGUAAAGACACACACUGCUGUGUGGUACUCGUCGUACCUUGAUCACCUCAUUGACACGCUCGUCCCGAAUCCGUUUGUACCUCCUCAAGGACCGGUCAAAGAGGGAGAAAUUGCCGUCAGGUAUUCCUCCCGAACAAGUAACAAGGGGAUGAAAGUGGACACAAUUCCUGUUGAAGUUCUUGUUCCAGAACCACCAAUGGGACCAAACAAGACAUUCACUUUGAUACGAGGCGAUCAUGCUGGGACUAUUUUUACAAUGAGGUCUGCUCCGAAAAAAUCAACGGAGAUAAUCACGACGGAAGGGAAGAGAUUCACUCGUGCUGAUACAUGUAUAGUCAUCAAAAGGGAUGUAUAG